UUAUUUUAAGAGCACUUUUCUCUUUCUUGUUUUAUUUCCCAUAUUAUUACUAUUAUUCCAUAUAUCAAGUUAUACAUCCCACUCACUCAGCCUUCAUGGAGAAAACUUGGUUAACUGCACUAGUAGUAGUACUAGUGUACUUGGCACAGUACUGUUUCUUACCUUGUUUGGCUAUGAAUGUUCCCAACUUCACCACUGAUCAAUCUGCUCUUUUAGCUUUCAAAUCCUAUAUCACUUUCGACCAUCCUCACCACAUAUUGACAACUAACUGGUCCUCAGCCACCUCAAUUUGUGACUGGAUUGGUGUCUCUUGCGGCAAGCGCCACUACAGAGUGGUGGCCUUGAAUCUCCCAAACAUGGGUAUUGGAGGCACCAUCCCACCCCACAUUGGAAACCUCUCAUUUCUAUCCUACUUCAACAUCACCAGCAACACUUUCCAUGGUCAUCUUCCCAGUGAGUUAGCUCGAUUGCAUCGCCUAAAUGUUGUCGACUUUGGUGUCAACAAUUUCGAUGGAGGUGUUCCAUCAUGGUUUGGAAACUUACCCAAGCUUCAAUAUUUGCGUCUCGCAAACAACAGUUUUACUGGUUCAGUUCCACCUUCCAUUGGCAACAUGUCAACAUUAGAGUCUCUCAAUUUAAGGUCCAAUUUUCUAGAGGGAAGAGUUCCUGAAGAGAUCGGUCAUCUUCCUAAACUGAAGUGGCUAAACAUGCGAUACAAUAAUUUGUCGGGGUCUAUACCGCCAACCAUCUUCAACAUCUCAUCACUUAAAUUGAUCGAUUUCUCAUUCAACAUGCUGUCCGGAAUUCUUCCAGAGGAUUUGUGUGUUUUUCAUCCUAAACUUGAAAUUCUUGCUCUUUCCGAGAAUGAGUUUGAUGGCCAAAUUCCAUCAACUCUAGGUGAAUGCAGAGAGCUCCAGAUCAUAUCAUUGUCUUACAAUAAAUUCACUGGUUUCAUUCCAAAGGCAAUUGGGAAUUUGACUUUGCUUCAGAUUUUAUAUCUGGGUGGUAACAACUUUAAAGGCGAAAUUCCACAGGAACUAGAUAGUCUACAUAGUUUGGAGAUGUUAGGUGUGGAAUCUACCAACGUCACUGGUCUCAUACCAUCUUUUAUCUUUAACAUCUCUUCAUUGACAUUGCUUAAUCUACACACCAAUAAUUUAUUUGGUAGUCUGCCAAGGGAUUUGUGCUCGCAUCAUUCCUCGCUCCAAAUUAUGUAUCUUGGGCAAAAUAAAUUGACGGGAAACAUUCCAAGGACAAUCGGCAACUGUACCUUGCUCUCAUUAUUUUAUAUUUCAGAAAAUAACUUGACAGGUCUGAUACCAAAAGAGAUUGGUGAGCUUCCAAAUGUGAAAGAGCUAAUACUUUCUGCUAACAACUUAAUGGGUGCCAUUCCAACAUCAAUUUUUAAUAUCUCAUCACUUCAGGGUAUAUCACUUUCGAGAAAUAAGUUGUCAAGCAAUCUUCCAUCAAGUAUAGGGCUUUGGCUACCCAAUCUUAGUUUCCUUUAUCUUGAAGCAAAUAACCUCAUUGGAAUUAUUCCCGAGUCAAUUUCAAAUGCUUCUAAACUCACUUCUUUAGGCCUUGGUAUCAAUGCAUUUACGGGUUCAAUUCCAAAAUCGCUUGGCAAUUUACGACUACUCCAGUUUCUCAACUUGCAAGCAAAUAAUUUGACGAGUGGGUCAUCUUCUUCCUCUCCAAAAUUGAGCUUCUUCACUUCCUUGGUAAAUUGCAAAUAUUUACAAGAUUUGAUCAUAAAUCAAAAUCCUCUAGACGACAUUCUUCCAACAACCAUUGGAAAUCUCUCUUCUUCCCUUGACAACAUUCGGGCAGGAUAUUGUGGAAUCAGAGGCAACAUUCCUAGUGAAAUUGGUAAUGUAAGCAAUUUGGCAUUCUUGUUUUUGCAACAGAAUGAUUUGACUGGAUUCAUUCCCUCCACAAUCAAAGGAUUGAGAAAGCUUCAAAUAUUGGAUCUUUUCGACAACAGACUGCAAGGGUCCAUUCCAUUUGAUAUUUGCCAACUCAAGAACAUGGGUGAUCUACGAUUGAACCAAAAUGAACUUUUUGGAUUGAUUCCUGAAUGCUUAGGGAAUAUUACAUCUCUAAGAUAUCUCUAUCUCAAUUCCAACAAACUAACUUUCGUCAUACCUACAAGGUUGGGCAAUCUUAAAGAUAUCUUGGAAAUUAACCUGUCCAUGAAUUCUUUAAAUGGAAAUCUGCCUCCACAACUUGGGAGUUUCAAAGUUGCAACACUAAUAGACUUUUCAAUGAACCAAUUCACAGGAAAAAUCCCAAGUACAAUUAUAGGUUUGCAAAACUUGGUUACUCUUUCAUUGGCACACAACAAGUUACAAGGAUCUAUACCUGACUCAUUUGGUAGCAUGGUGAGCUUGGAAUUCUUAGAUCUAUCCUAUAAUGACCUCUCCGAUGUGAUACCCAAGUCCUUAGAGACACUAUCUCAUCUUUCAUAUCUCAAUGUUUCUUUCAAUAAGUUAAGAGGACAAAUUCCAAAUGGAGGACCUUUUGCAAACUUCACCAUUCAAUCUUUCAUGUCGAAUGAAGCAUUAUGCGGUUCACCAAAGUUUCAAGUCCCACCAUGCCAUACUAGUUCCUUUCAUCAUCUGAGGGAAAAAAGAGUGGCUCUAGCUUUAUAUAUUUUGUUACCUAUUGCAUCCAUAUUGCUUGCUACGACCUUUGUGUUCUUGUUCAUAAAAUGUCGAAGAAAAAAUAAAACUCCAUCCAAUGUUGAUCUAUUACCAACAAUAACACCUCCAAGAAUCACAUACCAACAGCUUUUCCGAGCAACUAACGGGUUUAGUGAGAGCAACUUGCUUGGUAUGGGGAGUUUUGGUUCUGUCUACAAAGCUAUCCUUGAAGAUACCACAACUUUGGCUAUAAAGGUAUUCAACCUGCAAGUGGAAGGUGUAUUCAAGAGUUUUGACGUAGAAUGCGAGAUAAUGCGACACAUUCGCCAUCGCAAUCUUACUAAGGUCAUUAGCAGUUGCUCGAACCUUGAUUUCAAAGCUCUAGUACUUGAGUAUAUGCCUAAUGGGAGUCUUGAAAAGUGGUUGUAUUCGAACAACUAUUUCUUAGAUAUGUUGCAGAGAAUAGACAUAAUGAUAGAUGUUGCAUGUGCUUUGGAGUAUCUUCACCAUGAUUAUUCAGUGCCUUUGGUUCACUGUGAUUUGAAACCCAGCAACAUCCUACUAGAUGAUGAUAUGGUUGCACAUGUGAGUGACUUUGGCAUUGCGAAGUUAUUAGAUUUGGGGGAGAGUGUCACACAUACUCUCUUGCCUUUGUACCAUAGCAACAUUUGGGUAUAUUGCACCAGAGUUCGGAUUGGAAGGAUUAGUGUCUACAAGUUGUGAUGUUUAUAGUUAUGGAAUCUUGCUUAUGGAAACAUUCACAAGAGUGAAACCCACUGAUGAAAUGUUUUUUGAAGACAUGACGAUGAAACGUUGGAUGAGGGAGUCAUUACCAAAUUCAAUCUCUCAUGUUAUAGAUGCUAACUUGCUUAAGCCAAAGGAAGAACACCUCACUGCAGUUGUACUGCAGUGUGCAUCAUCCAUCAUGGAAUUGGCUUUGAGUUGCUCUGCAGAAUCAUCUGAGGAGAGGAUGAACAUGAAAGAUGUUCUCGCAACACUAAAAAAAGUUAAACUUUGGUAUUUAGCAAAUUGUGGAAAGAGUUGCAAGAAGAAAAGUUGGGACUUUAGUAUCUAGCCAAUUGCAACAUUCAAAAAGGUUAGCCAGAUGCAUCUGUAGCUGGUAGUGAUUACAUAGUACUUGGAUUGCUUAUUGUGUAUGCUUUGUAUUUAUUUAUUUUUUUCUGCAACCUUUACAUUUGGUUGUAGUAUGUGUAAGUAGUUAGCUUCAAGAACUCAAGAAAUAUAUAUAUAUAUAUAGUUAAAUA